AGUCGAUAAUUCAAAAUGGCGAAGAAAAGGUCCAUCAAAGAAGUGGAAACUAAUGGAGUACAGCCGAAGAAAAAGAAAACGAAAAAGGGAAAAUGGACAAACAAACAACGCGUGUUGGUGUUUUGCUCACGUGGUAUAUCACACAGAGCAAGGCAUCUUAUGCUGGAUAUACAGACAUUGUUACCCCACUCAAAAUCUGAGACCAAACUUGACCGCAAAGACAAACUAUUUAUUGUCAAUGAGGUCUGUGAGAUGAAAAACUGUAACAAAUGUGUCUUUUUUGAGAUGAGAAAAGGACAAGACCUUUAUAUGUGGUUUUCUUGUACGCCACAUGGGCCAUCUGCCAAGUUUUUGGUUGAAAAUGUGCACACAAUGGAUGAACUUAAAUUAACUGGAAAUUCAUUGAAAGGAUCAAGGCCAAUAUUAUCAUUUGAUCAGCAUUUUGAUAAAACACCUCAGCACUCACUUUUGAAAGAAAUGUUCAUUCAGAUUUUUAGUACUCCUUGUUAUCAUCCCAAGAGCAAACCCUUUGUAGAUCAUGUGUUCUCUUUCUCUGUAGAAGACAACAGAAUUUGGUUCCGGAAUUUCCAGAUUGUUGAGGAAGAUGGAUCAUUGCUGGAAAUUGGCCCACGAUUUGUAUUAAACCUUAUAAGAGUGUUUGAAGGAAGUUUUGGAGGAGCAACACUUUAUGAAAACCCACAUUACCGAUCACCUAAUGAGUAUCGUCGGAUGAUCCGCAAGCAAGCUGCUCAACGGUAUCGAGCUCGCGUGGAAUCGAAGCAAGCUCUUGAGGAUCGACGGGAAGCCAACCAAGAUAUUCCACGCGACAUUUAUGAUGUAGAUGACGUAUUUCAUACAAUUACCCAAUCAGAUAUUGACAUUGCCAAGGCAAGGGGAGGCGGUGGGGCAAAAUGAAUGAAAGAUUUCUAAGAAGACGGAAAGUGGAAGACGGAAGGGGUAGAUGAAUAAGCGAAACUAACUGACGAAGACUGGUUCAAGAUCUUAUCGGCUCUAAGAAACUCAUGGAAUUUGAGUAGAGUUUCUUUCUGUUGUGGCACAGAUUUCUGUACACGAGUACUACGGCAAAAUGUGUUUUGCACCAAUUGGCGUUUUUUCUCAAAUAUAUCUAAACUGCCCAUGGUGUCCAUUUCUUUAAAGAAGUGUGAAUAUACAUGUGGACGUUUGCAAGUCUGAUCGUAGUGUUGUUUGAAUGCUCAUUAUUUUAUUCGAAGAUACUCUCUUUAAAAAACCUUUUAAAGGGAAUUUUAUCGUGUAAUAUUUGAAAUUAGUAACCAGCGGAAGAGGAAGACUCGUUGCAUCUAAAACUCGACCAUAACUUAAGCAUUUCUUGAGAAGAGAUAAAUUUUUUUCAUUAAAAAAAAUGCUUUGUUCUGUUAAUUGCGAAAAAGGUGGGCGAGUCUGGAAUUACUUCCUAGCUUUAAGAUCCUUGCAUAUUUAGGAACCUUCCUUUUAUCUGUGUCUCUUCUGUUGACAACUUCGACAGCUUCCUUGUAAUUGAACAACUUUUGAUGGAUAUAUUGAUAUGUAAAUGUGGCUUUUAUUGAAGUUCUCAGGUUAAUUUCAAUGUGCGCCUCGCUUUCGCUUGUUGCCAUUUAUAUUGGUGCUCUUUUUGUAAUCAAGAAAUACCUAACACUCAGCGGCAAGUGUUGUUCGUAAAGACGAGAAAUCCUGACCGUAUGAGAUACAAAUAUUGCUCAACGCCCUUGUAAAAGAGUCCUUCUUCGAAUGAUGAAAAAUGAACAUCUGUCAGAUGGGAAGUGUUUUGUCAAUAAUUACAGAGGAGACAGGAGAAGCUGGGAGAAAGGAAGGAAGAGUACUACGUAACAGAUGAAUUUUCAUUCUGUUUUUUACCUUCAAACAAUUUUGAUUGUGCUGUAAAACGUGAAAUAGAGAAUUUGUAUUGCUCAAA